GGACCUCCACUCCGCUGAAGCUGCGCUUGAAGUUGAGGCUCACGUACACACCCACAGACUACGUUGCGUCUCUUUUCUUCUUCUUGUUUGAUAUCGCACUUCCCAAUACCACUCCCAGUUCUUCUCUGCUAAUCCAAUUCUUAGCAAAACCAAUCUUUCAGUUUAAUUAUACAUAUAUUUGUAUGUAUGUAUUUGUGUACCAUUUUUAUUAUGGAAAGAGCUAGAGCUAGAGCUAGACCUAGCUGUAUGCCUCUAACCACUGACCUGUUACUGUAUCGUUUAGUUUGAGCAUUAUUAAUCAUAUUUUCAUUUGAAAGGCUUUUUUUUAUUUAUAAAUAGAGGAAGAAGAAUCAUAUUUUUCAUGGAUGAAAUGUGUGGGUUUAACUCAAGUGAUGACUUCCCGGAUAAGGCGUAUUUGUCACCGGAGGAUCAACUAAUAUUUCCUCCUGACUACUCCUCUAUCUUUUGUACGGGUCGGAUUCCCACCUUCGGAUCCGAUGAGCUAUUAUCGGCCGCCUCCGCACUCUCUGAAGCACCUCCGAUCACACCUGAGAUUCAACGAGAAGAAGACGUGUCAACUAUUAUUAAAGCCAAAAUCGCUUCUCAUCCUUCUUAUCCAAGACUUCUUGAAGCUUAUAUAGAUUGCCAGAAGGUCGGUGCACCCCCAGAGAUAGCAUAUUUGUUAGAUGAAAUUCUGCGAGAGAACUAUCCGUUUAAGCGAGACAUUGUGCCAACGUGCUUGGAAGCUGAUCCUGAGCUUGAUGAGUUCAUGGAAACCUACUGUGACAUGUUGGUGAAGUAUAAAUCUGAUCUUGCAAGACCGUUUGAUGAAGCAACGACCUUUUUAAACAAAGUUGAAAUGCAACUUCGCAAUCUCUGCACUAGUGCUUCCGUUAGAAGUCUUUCUGAGGAGGGUGGUGCAUCAUCAGACGAGGAUUACAGUGCUGGGGAGACAGAGGUACCAGACUAUCAAAUUCGGGAUGAAGAUAGAGAUCUUAAAGAUAAGCUUUUACGUAAGUUUGGAGGUCACAUUGGCUCUUUGAAGUUGGAAUUCUCAAAGAAGAAGAAGAAGGGGAAACUCCCAAAAGAAGCUCGCCAAACACUCAUUGAAUGGUGGAAUAUGCACUACAAAUGGCCAUACCCAACGGAAGGUGAUAAGAUAGCGUUGGCUGAAUCAACGGGGCUAGAUCAGAAGCAAAUAAACAACUGGUUCAUAAAUCAAAGAAAGAGACACUGGAAGCCAGCGGAGAACAUGCAGUUUGCAGAUAGCACAUCUGGACCAGUAUUUAGCGAUGACUAAACUGAAAUGAACUAAAUUGCAUGCAAGUACAUGCUUCAGCAAUUGUAUCUUAUGUCGAUGCAUGUGUAAGCAAGCUUUCUGUAUAUGAGAAUUCAACUCUUGUAGCAUUGUGACCACCUAAACAAGGGAAAAUAAUUUUAUUUCGCUUCAUGUAUAUAUAUUUCCAAUUCAUCAA